UCGCUCCCCCCUCCCCCGGGCGGCGGCGGCGGCGGAGUGAACGGGACGGGCCCGGCCGAGGGCAGUAGGGCGCCGCGCCGCGCGGCGGAGGACGAAGAGUUGGGAUCGCCGCUGCCCCCGUUUUGGCCAGGUUGAAUGUGGCAAGAGAAUUCUGCCGUCCUGAAAUGGAGGUCAGAGCUUCCUUACAGAAGGUUAGUGGGUCAUCUGAUUCCAUGACCACACUAAACAGUGAAGAAUUUGUUUUGGUACCUCAGCAAGCAGAUGAUACCUCUACAAAAGAUGAUGAAAAACCUCAACUAAAGAUAGUCUCCAAUGGAGAUGAACAGUUAGAGAAGGCAAUGGAAGAGAUUCUGAGGGAUUCUGAAAAAGGUCAAAACCAUCUUCUCGAUUGCGAAAGUUCGACUGAAAUUUGUGAUCAUUCGUUUACUGAUGUUUCAGCCAACCAAACAAAUAGGCCUUCUCUCCAGUUAGUGUUGGAUUCUUCUAAUGCAGAAAUUUCCACUCUCCGACCACCUUCUCCCGGUGAACCACCAGAGGAAGAUAGUGUAUUAUUUAAUAAACUGACUUACUUAGGAUGUAUGAAAGUUUCUUCUCCUCGAAAUGAAGUAGAAGCUUUACGAGCAAUGGCAACCAUGAAAUCUUCAAGCCAGUUUCCCUUCCCUGUCACUCUCUAUGUGCCAAAUGUUCCAGAAGGCUCUGUAAGAAUAAUAGAUCAAUCCAGCAAUGUGGAAAUUGCAUCGUUCCCAAUCUACAAAAUAUUAUUUUGUGCACGUGGCCACGAUGGGACAACAGAAAGCGAUUGCUUCGCAUUUACAGAGAGUUCUCGUGGGACAGAAGACUUUCAGAUACACAUUUUCUCCUGUGAGAUUCAAGAGGCAGUCAGCAGAAUUUUAUACAGCUUUUGUACAGCAUUUAAACGUUCUUCCAGGCAAGUGUCAGAUGUAAAGGACUCUAUUGUCCCUACCCCAGACAGUGAUGUGUUUACCUUCAGUGUCUCUUUGGAGGUCAAAGAAGAUGAUGGAAAAGGAAACUUCAGUCCUGUGCCUAAAGAUAGAGAGAAAUUUUAUUUCAAAUUGAGACAAGGAAUUGAAAAGAAGGUUGUGAUCACAGUGCAACAGCUGUCCAACAAAGAACUAGCAAUUGAAAGAUGUUUUGGAAUGUUACUAAGCCCGGGUCGAAACGUGAAGAACAGUGACAUGCAUUUACUGGAUAUGGAAUCCAUGGGAAAGAGCUGUGAUGGAAGAGCAUAUGUUAUUACUGGAAUGUGGAACCCCAACACACCUACAUUCUUGGCACUUAAUGAAGAAACUCCUAAAGAUAAAAGGGUGUUCAUGACUGUAGCUGUGGAUAUGGUCGUCACCGAGGUGGUGGAGCCGGUCCGCUUCUUGCUAGAGACCUUGGUGCGUGUGUACCCUGCCAAUGAGCGCUUCUGGUACUUCAGCAGAAAGACUUUCACUGAGACUUUCUUUAUGAAGCUCAAACAGUCGGAGGGAAGAGCCCAUGCCAGUGCUGGGGAUGCCAUCUAUGAAGUAGUGACGCUGCAGAGGGCGUCUGAGAAGGAAGAGCCAGUCACUCCAACCAGUGCUGGGGGUCCAGUGUCGUCCCAGGAGGAUGAGCCAGAAGAAGAGAGUGAUAAUGAACUUUCAAGUGGAACUGGUGAUGUGUCUAAGGAUUGCCCUGAGAAGAUACUAUAUUCAUGGGGAGAGUUGCUGGGAAGAUGGCACAAUAACCUGCGUGUGCGGCCCAAAGGGCUAUCCACUCUGGUGAAGAGUGGGGUUCCAGAAGCGUUAAGGGCAGAGGUAUGGCAGCUACUAGCAGGCUGCCAUGACAACCAGACUAUGCUAGAUAAAUACCGAAUUCUUAUUACAAAGGAUUCAGCCCAGGAGAGUGUUAUAACACGAGACAUUCAUCGAACAUUUCCUGCACAUGAUCACUUCAAAGACACUGGAGGAGAUGGUCAAGAAUCCCUUUAUAAAAUCUGCAAGGCUUACUCUGUCUAUGAUGAAGAUAUUGGAUAUUGCCAAGGACAGUCUUUUCUUGCUGCCGUAUUGCUGCUCCAUAUGCCUGAAGAACAGGCAUUCUGUGUUUUGGUGAAGAUUAUGUAUGACUAUGGUUUGAGGGAUCUCUACAAAAAUAACUUCGAGGAUCUUCACUGUAAAUUCUAUCAACUGGAACGGCUCAUGCAGGAGCAAUUACCAGACCUGCAUAGCCACUUCUGUGACCUGAACCUGGAGGCUCAUAUGUAUGCAUCGCAAUGGUUUCUCACUCUCUUCACUGCCAAGUUUCCUCUAUGCAUGGUCUUCCACAUCAUUGACUUACUGCUCUGUGAGGGUCUCAACAUAAUCUUCCAUGUAGCUUUGGCACUCUUAAAGACAUCCAAGGAAGACCUUCUGCAGGCUGACUUCGAAGGUGCUUUAAAGUUUUUCAGAGUCCAGCUUCCAAAGAGGUACAGGGCAGAAGAAAAUGCCCGGAGAUUGAUGGAACAAGCAUGUAACAUUAAGGUGCCUACUAAGAAGUUGAAGAAAUAUGAGAAAGAGUAUCAAACCAUGCGAGAGAGCCAGCUGCAACAAGAGGACCCUAUGGACAGAUACAAGAGGGAGAACCGGAGGUUACAGGAAGCCAGCAUGCGGCUAGAACAAGAGAAUGAUGACCUUGCUCAUGAACUUGUAACCAGCAAAAUCGCUCUGCGAAAUGACUUGGACCAGGCUGAAGACAAGGCAGAUGUUUUAAAUAAAGAGCUGCUCCUGACCAAACAGAGACUAGUGGAAACUGAAGAAGAGAAGAGGAAACAAGAGGAAGAAACUGCUCAGCUAAAAGAAGUCUUUAGGAGACAGCUUGAGAAGGCAGAAUCAGAAAUAAAGAAAACAACAGCCAUCAUUGCUGAGUACAAACAGAUCUGCUCCCAGUUGAGUACCAGACUGGAAAAGCAGCAAGCGGCCAACAAGGAGGAACUGGAAGUUGUCAAGGGGAAGGUGAUGGCGUGCAAACACUGCAGUGAGAUUUUCAAUAAGGAAGGGGCACUGAAGUUAGCAACUAUAAGCAAAGAAAACCAGGGCAUUGAAAUUGAUGAUGAGAAGGACUCACUCAAGAAACAACUGCGGGAAAUGGAGCUGGAACUGGCCCAGACCAAACUGCAGCUGGUGGAGGCCAAGUGUAAAAUCCAGGAGCUUGAACAUCAGAGAGGAGCCCUCAUGAAUGAAAUUCAAGCUGCAAAAAACUCUUGGUUUAGCAAAACCCUGAACUCUAUCAAAACAGCCACAGGCACACAGCCACCCCAGCAGCCUCAGCCAUCCCAGCCACCCAAAGAGAGCACGUAGUUCCUGCCAAAUUCCACGCACAAGAACAUGACGAUUCAAGCAACCGAAGCCCUGGCAGAUUGUCCCAGUGUCCCUUUGAGGGGAAGUAAGGAAGGCCAGGGAGCAAGCCUGAAACCGAAAUCCUUCAGCAUCUCUCAUUCAUGUGGUGUGAUGCUUUUCAAAGGAAAGUUAUUUAGAGUCCUGUUUUAUGUUGAAUAUCUAUUUUCCACCUUCCUCACUGAAAACCACCAUCAACCUUUUUACACCUUAUUUUAUUAUAUCUAGAUGUUAAGUUGGAAAUAAAUAAUUCAGAGCUAAAUGUUUUAUUUAGAACUAAUUAUUCCUAAUUAUUUUGUAUCUUGUAUAAAAACAGUAGAUUUUUUUUUUGCUAUUUCAGGGUUGAUAUGGUGGGAGAUGGGGUAUCAGUCAGGGCAAAGAAGAGAUUAACAUUUAAGCCUUGAUCAUUUUCAGGACUUAAACUUAAAAUAAAGCACAUUGUAGGGGCAGGCCAUGACCACUGUCUAGGUCUUAUCCUAGACGUGAUCCCAGUAGUUUACAAAAGGGAUGGUAACAUCCUACAGAGAAGCGCUUUGCUUUUGAAAGAGAAAUGACCACAGACCAAUCUCCUGAAAAAGACUCACUUAAAAAAAAAAAUUUCUGCUGGGUUCAUUUGGAAAUGAGCUCCUUACUUAGAUGUUCGAUGUUCCUGAGGCUCUCUUAUCCUUUGUCUUCUGGCAUGCACACUAGAUCCAGGGAACGGGGAUUUCAGCAAAUUCAAAUAAAGCCUCUAUCACCAUGGCCUCAGUUCUUUUAAGAACUCCAUCCAUGAAUCUCAAGAGUCUGCCUGUGUGCAUGGCCUCAGGUGGAACAGACAGUCUUGUGAAUGUGUAAUACAAAGGGGAUUUGGUAAGCAGUAGCCUUAGAAAAUUUUCACCAGAGCACCUAGGAAUACCCAGGCACAACUGUUGGGCUUAAUAGGAAAUCAGAACUUCUGAAUGAAAAGUAAGUAGGAGGAUAGGACCAGUGAAUUCAUAUUCCAUUUAAUUUUGAUGAGCACUUGCUGGGAAACACUAAUUUGCUGUAACAGCUUUGUGUUUAAGAUAUGGAAAUGGGAAGUAAAGGCCAACUUUGAAACCUUUUAGUCUUAUGCUGUGUAACUCUUCCUGAUUUCUGUAACUGUCUAAAAAUGUGCCCUUUUUAUCCCAGAGAUGGAGAGGUGCAAAGGUUUGUGACAUUUUCUGAUGGAAUAUAAAAUGUUUAUAGAAAUACUUAUUUCAUUGAAAGGUGAAACUAUUGUUUAAAAUUUGGUGGAAAUGUUUCUUAAAUUAUAUUUAACAUGUCUGUAUAAAAAGGCCUUGCCAGGAAGUCUCCCAAACAGGGCCAAAGAGGUUAGUUGUGUAUUAAGUUUUCCAUUUUCUUAUCUGUUCAAGAGUAGGGGCAUCCUCUGGACCCAUAUGCUCUUAACCCAAAUUAAUUCUUCCAUCAGGUCUGUACAAUAAAGUUAAAUAAUAUUAGUCAUUGGCUUCAUUGUCAGGCAUCUUUUUUGCAAAAGAUCUGAAGCUGUAGUGCCAGUGGGACUCUUUAUCUGUGCCAUGUUUUACUUUCAGAAGAUUAACCAGUAAUCAAAUUAUAGUUUCACUCCUAAAGCAUCUACUAAAAUUCAGUCAUAGGAAAUAAAUGUCUUGCCCACUUUCCCCGAAAGGAAGGUUUAAUCUUAAAAAAUUACGUAUCCCUCAACAGUGACCAUUUAUGAAGAAGCUCACAAAAACACAGUUUACCUAAAUGUAAUUCUUCAGAUGCUACUCAAGUAGGGCUCCUUCAAAUAAGGAUGGUUUUGCCUGACAUUUUUCAUGAAAACAUUUGUCAAAAAAGGAAAACUGUGUAACACUUUCAAAAUUGUGAAAACUAUUUCAGCCACUGUUGCUUCACUUGCUAGUGGCCAACUACAUUUUGAGAAAUAUGAACCUUUCUGGUAAACUGAACUUACAAGCUUUGAGUGUGUUACCUUGUAAGGUGAUGGUCGUACUACCUAGUUCAUUAGUGCAUCAACCUUGAUUUGGGUGUUACCUGCAGUUUGGUUUUUGAAGUGUGUACUCUUCUCCAAAGUAUAUAAUAAUGGCUAGAAAAUGCCAUCUGCAUAAAAUGGCACCUUACAGCGUGAUACAUUGUCCUUUAUUAGUUAUCUAGUAACAUCUGUUGAAUUUAUUUGGCAUUUCUGCCUUGAGUCCCAUAAACCCCAUCACUUUGAUUCAGCCUCCUGAAUAAAAUUGCCAAUUAAGUAGAAGAUGCUCCUUUCUUCUGGAGCCUGAUCCCAUGGAGCUACCCUAUUGCCUUCCCCUUCUCAGAACCAGCAGAAUUAGGCUUACACUGCAAGAUUAUCCUUAGUUAAGAAGAAAAAUUAAAGUUGCUGCAUGCUGCCCACUCAUACUUGGACAGGAGUCUUGUAGAUGCCUCCAGAAUGGUUAUGUAACACAGACUCCUCAUUCCCCAUUGCUCCCCCCCCAAAAAAAAAAUCAGGUCCUUACAUCUAAACUGAUAUUUGGACUCAGCUGGCUAAUCUUGAGGUUCAGUUGAAUUUUUGGAUCCCAAGAUGAAGUGUAUAGAACUUAAUAUUAGAAGUUAUAUUUUGAUUACUUUAACAGAGUUUAUGUAGAAGUGAGUGAAUAUUAAAAUUCUACAUCAUUUUUGUCAUUUUUUUCUGACAAGAAUAGCACUUUAAUUUUAAAUGAAAUUGAUGCAACUCAAUGUAUAUUGGAUGGAGAAAAAACAUAUCUACAUGUUAUACAGUUUUAGAAACCAGUGUUUUGUUUUGAAAGGAAAGUUGACAUUUCAGAAUUCUGUUUAGUGCUUUCAGUGACUUACAUCAAUAGUGCCGAGUUGCUUCCUCUCCCGUCUAGUGCCAACAGUGAUGUGUGGCAUGACCUGCCAUUGCCAGAAGCUUAGUCUGUCCCAUGCUGAAGUAUCUAUGUGCCACCAGCAACAGGAAAGAUGAAGAUGAAAGGACCAAAGUUUGAUACGUAUAGUGUAAUUUUCAUUUAAUAUGUGGGAAUAUCACUCUCUCCAACUGUAUGACCAAGAGACAAAUGAAGCUUUGAAAAUGUCAGCAUCCCAGUAGGGCAGGGACUGCUUCAUUUUUGUCUUUGUAUGUCCAGCACCUAGCACAGUGCCUGGAAUCUAGGAGAUCCUAAGUCCUUGUAGUUUAACUGAUUGACUUCAGUUAAUUUUAGAGGAUCGUGUAAACUGCCCCCUCUUCACUCUAGAUUCUUUUCAGGAACCAAGCAAAAAACAACCAAGCAACCUGAAAAUUCUUACGCACAAUAGAGUGUUUUUCUGACAUGGUUGCUUAAUCUUAAUUCAAUUGUAGUCUUUUCCUAAAAUGCGCAGUGCAGAACAAAUCCCUUCCAAAAUCCAAUGUUUACAACAUUUUGAAAAAUGAUUAGUUUUUUGAGACAAAUUCUGAAUCCCACCUCUUUACAUACUAAAUUAAGUGCUAUUUAUUAAAUUAGUUUAUAUACAUAUCUUGAGGUUUUAUUUCUUUAAAGUUUCUUAUUUUCUUUAAAGGUCAAAGAAAACAAAGCUGAAUUUAGUAGUGCAUGUGUUUGAUAGCUUCCCACAUCCUGAACCAUCUCAUAAGUAGUUAUAUUUAGCUAGACACUUUUCAUUUAGAGAAGAUCUUAACCCUCUACAAGUGCUUAGCAGAAACAUUGGUAGGUGUACCAGUUCAGUGUAUACUCUAUCUUGCAAGGCAGCCUACACAUCUAUCUUUCCUACCUAUUAAAUCAGCAAGUUCUUUUCCAUUGGUUUGGAUUAAUUUUUCUUACCAAGAUAAUCUUUUUGCUGAAGUCACUAACAUUUAACAGUGUUUUACCUUCUCUUAUUAUGUUUCCCCAACUUUUUGAAUGUCUCCUUACAUAGUGGUUUCUACUUCUCUUCCUCUCCUACUUUAUCUGUUUAAAGCACUCUAUUAACAAGUAAUAACCUGAUGGCUUAAUUUCUUAGUAUGAGAAAAAAUAUGGAAAACAAGAAUCACCCAACUUUUGGCACUGAGAGUCCUAAAAGCCAUAUAAAGUGUCUUCGAAUAUUAGAAGAGAUGGUCAGUCACUUAGAAUAAGCUUUACAAAUGUAACUUUGUGAGAGACACUUUGUUGCAAAAGCCCAUUCUCUUAGGUUACUAGGUGAAAGCUAAGUACUGAUUGAUCAACUGUGUUCCUCAAACACCCAUGUAAAUCAAUUAUGUGAUUCUAGCACCUCAGUAAAUUUUUGUUUCAGCAUCUUGUUUUUUUCUCUCUAGAAAACAGUCCCUUUGAUGAAUGAUCAAGAAAGUUGUUGAUUUAAUAAGCUUAAAUAAGAUCCCAAAUAACCUGCUUCUCUUGUUUCAUUUCCACAUAGACAAAAGAAUAAGCAAACUUAAGUAAUUUGAAGAUUAGGUAGACUUCCUGAACAGUUAAAUUACAUAUGUGUAUCUGUUUGCUUAUCAGUUAUGGCCAUGUAGUAUGUGUCCACACAUGUAUUUAGAUGUCCCCACAUACCAAGACAUGUGAGAAUCCAAGACAGCAAAUCAGAAAACAACAUUGUGCCCAAUCAUAUUUUCCCCAUAACUGUUAAUUCUUCUUUCUUUCUCUAGUUGCAAAGUGCACGUCUCUUUUGGCCUGCAUUUCCUUCACAUAGAUGGCUGUAUAAUACUGCACUGUCUAUGGAAUUUCCCCAACCCUACAAAAGCCACUGAAACUGGGAAAUUAACUAUAUAGAAAGUACUGCGCAUGAAAAGAUCUGGAGUUAGGAUUUGAAAAUGAGGCAUUUAUAGAGUCAUUUCAUAGAUAACAGAUGGCUGCUAGGGCUCUCCUUUCCCAGCUUGAGAGUGAGUAAAUUACCUCAGAUACAGCAUGUGGCCAGGGGACUAUGUCAGUAAAACAGAACUAUUAAUAACAUGUCCAUAUUUUCCUUAGUUUAUACUACAGGUUUUCUUGAAGGUUUUAUUGGGAAUGUUUUUAUCUAAAAAUGUUGAGUAGGAAAAAUUUUCAGAAAUUUCCUUUUUUCAGUUGGAAUUACUUAAUGUGUAAAGGUUUCAGUAUGUAUGUAAUUUGGAGAAAACUAUAUAUUAGUCACAGACUAAUAUAUAUGAAAGUGAAUUACAAUAAUAUAAAUACAUCAAAGGACUCUAGUGUCAUCAAAGCACAGAAGUGAUGCUGGAGGUGGUCCCAGAAUCCAAGAUAUCUUAAUAGCAUUUUGCACCAGUUUCUCUAUUUUUAGUAUUUUACAUAAUUCAUGGAUCUUGUAUUUCAAAUGAGAAAAAAAAAAUUUCAUUCUCUACCCACCCAGCUCCCUCUUUUUCUGAUCCCUGUCUUUGUACUGACCAGGAGGUAAAAGAAAAUCACCUUUGUGCUAACUGUUUUCCUGUACUGUUCUUAUGAUUCAUCCAUACAAGUUCCAAAACAGAUAAUUGAUUUACAUCUCUCCCCACCCCCAUCUAGGUCGCAAAUACAGUGAAGGCUACAAGAAGAAACUUGCAGACCACAUUGCCCAAACCACAGACCACUGACAAUUAGACAUUUUCCAUAAAUCCAUGUAUUAUGUAUGGUACAAUUAUCAAUGUAAAUGCUUGCUAUGAAAAGUGCGAUUUAUUGUACAUUGUCUCAACAAAUGUUUACUUUUCUAAUUGUUAAGAACUUGUUUGGAGGGUAUCUUGGUUUCAUUGUGUGAAUGAUUGAUCCCUUGUAAAAUAAAAAGAAAUACAAAAGAAAUGGC